AGCCUGAGUUAAUCUAAUCCCCAGAUUCCCAUUUUCUCUCUGCUUAAUUUCUAUCACCAUCUUCUUCACAAAAACGAAAUUCCCAACGAAACAAAUCUGGCAAAAUCUUAUGGAAUGACGGACUAUCAGUUAGCACCCACCAUGAAUCUUUGGACCGAUGAUAAUGCUCCUGUUAUGGAGGCUUUCAUUACCUCCGAUCUUUCUUCUAUAUGGCCGCCGCCGCCUCCGCCGCAAUCCUCUGCAUCCACUUCCACACCAGCUGCUGCUGCUCCUGCCCUCACUCAAGAGUCUCUUCAACAGCGUCUCCAAGCCCUCAUCGAAGGGGCUCGCGAGAGCUGGACUUACGCCAUCUUUUGGCAGUCCUCCUAUGAUUACUCCGCCACUACCGUACUCGGUUGGGGCGAUGGCUAUUACAAAGGCGAAGAAGAUAAAGGGAAAGCCAUGUCCAAAGCUUCUUCCUCUUCACUCGCCGAACAAGAACACCGUAAAAAGGUGCUUAGAGAACUUAACUCUAUGAUUUCCGGAUCCACGGCUCCAGCCGACGAUGCCGUCAACGAAGAAGUCACUGACACCGAGUGGUUUUUUUUGGUUUCCAUGACGCAGUCUUUCGUCGACGGCAACGGGCUUCCGGGGCAGGCCUUUUUCGAUUCGACUUCCGUUUGGGUUUCUGGGUCGGACCGGCUAGCGAGCACCAUGUGCGAGAGGGCGAGGCAAGCCCAGGUUUUCGGUUUGCAAACGAUGGUUUGUAUACCGUCGGCAAAUGGGGUGGUUGAGUUGGGGUCAACGGAACUUAUCACCCAAAGCUCAGAUCUGAUGAACAAGGUUCGGGUUUUGUUUAAUUUCAACAUUGGGAUUGAAGCUGGUUCUUGGUCUAUGAGUAACAACUCUGCUGAUCAAGGCGAAAAUGAUCCGUCUUCACUUUGGAUUAGUGAUCCAAAUCCUGGAGCCGAGCUCAAGGAAAGUAGCAACAACAACAACAACAAUACUAGCAAUCAGCAUCAGCAGAUUCAGAAGUCACCUCAGUUCUGUGACAAUCGUAGUUCGAGUAGUUUAACUGAGAAUCUGAGUUCCAUUCCAACUGUAAAUCAGCAGCAGCAGCAGCAGAAUCAUCCGCAGGGGCAGACUUUAUGCUUGAAUUUUUCCGAUUAUGGCUUUGAUGGGAGCAGCAGUGCGAGGCAUGGGAAUUCAUCUUCUCAUGUUUUGAAACCAGAAGCCGGGGAGAUAUUGAAUUUUGGUGAGAGUAAGAGAAGUGGGAAUGAAAAUUUGAUUUCAGGGAACUCGCAAUUCGUGGUGGAGAAUAAGAAGAGGCCUCUUACUUCAAGAGGGAGCAAUGAAGAAGCCAUGCUUUCUUUUACUUCAGGUGUAAUCUUGUCUUCUGGUGUGGUAAAAUCAAGUGGUGGGGGUGCCGGGGAUUCGGAUCACUCCGAUCUUGAAGCUUCUGUUGUUAAGGAGACCGAUAGUAGCAGAGUCGUGGAGCUGGAAAAGAGGCCUCGAAAACGAGGGAGAAAACCGGCUAACGGAAGAGAAGAGCCUUUGAAUCAUGUUGAAGCGGAGCGUCAAAGAAGGGAGAAGCUAAACCAGAAGUUUUACGCCCUGCGAGCCGUUGUUCCUAACGUGUCCAAGAUGGAUAAAGCAUCACUCUUGGGUGAUGCUAUUUCAUAUAUUAACGAGCUUAAGUCAAAGCUACAAAAUGUAGACUCAGAGAAAGAGGAAUUGCAUAACCAAUUAGAGGCAAUGAAGAAAGAAUUGUCUAGUAAUGACCCUCGAUCCGCACUGCCAUCACAUGAUCAAGACCUCAUGAGGUCUAACCACCUUGCCUGUAAAUUGAUAGAUUUGGAGAUCGAUGUGAAAAUCAUCGGAUGGGAUGCAAUGAUUCAAAUCCAGUGCAGUAAAAUGAACCAUCCAGCAGCAAGGGUAAUGGCUGCCCUGAAGGAGUUAGACCUCGAAGUACACCAUGCCAGUGUAUCAGUAGUGAAAGAUUUCAUGAUCCAACAAGCCACUGUGAAGAUGGGGAGCCGGUUUUACACGCAGGAGCAGCUAAAGAUCGCCCUAACGUCCAAACUCGGUGAUGCAAGAUAGAGAGUAUUUAACAGAGCUUGAUCUAAAACAAGCAAUUUGGGAUCAAUAGAGCUUGAUUGAAGAUACUUGUUUAAAAUGGCUGGAUGGCUCCGGGACGUUUUAAGGCUACCGGUAGCACGAGCUCUGUAUAAUACUGUUCUAUUUUGUUCGUAAUAGUGUUUAGCAUAGUAAAUAAUAGCUUGAGAGUCGAUGUUAAUCAAGGAGGAGGUUAACUGGUUAGAAGGGGGUUGAUUUUCAUAACCUUUUAAGGCCGAUGAACAUAGUCGAGCUCCAAGGAAGUGAAAAUAGCCUCUUUUUUGUUUUGUGUUAAAUCUUGUACUAUGUCUUGAAUUUUAUGUAAAUAGAUUGUUAUGAGCUUAACGUGAAUGAAGAAGUUGUGGUUUGUUGUUAUCAU